AUGUCUAACGUACAGCUGCAUUUAAAACCAUUAGAUGAAAACAUAUGUGAUCAAUAUCAGCAGUUACUAGCUGUUAAUACAGAAUUAUCAGAAAAUUUUUAUCCCCAGGAAUUAACAACGUCCAGUCAAAGGUCAAAUAACCUUCCAAACGAUAAUACAUUUGUUAGCAGAAAUCGAACAAGGUUCAUUGGAUUAAUGAUAAUUAUUACAUGUUGUGUUGUAUUUCCAACGAUAUAUUUUAUGUGUUAUACUGCAAUGCAUUGUAAAGAUGAUAACGAAAUCCAUUUCAAUGAAAGUUACAAAAUGAAUAAAAUAACUUCAAAAGCAUUAAAUGAAUAUAUUUUGAAUCAUUUUGCGAAUUCUUUCAAUUCAUUUUGUACAACUUCUUCCUCAUCACCUUCUACAAUCAAUUAUUCUAUUAAUUCAAAUGAUGAAGAUAUUAGGAUAUCAAAUAACUAUCAAGUCAAUGAUAUAUACAAUGAAACAUUGAAUCAAAUGAAAAUUAAUUCAGUAAAACAAAAUUUUGUAAAUUUAGAUUUUGGUAUUUUUGAUGAACCAAAUCAAAAAGAAUAUGAAAAUGUUGUUAACUUUUUAAAACUAAGAUUUAAUUAUUUUUAUGCACAUCAUAAACUGAAGUCAACACUUCACUAA